AUGUUGGUGGCUGAGGUAAACCAUUUUCAAACCUGGAUCCACAAAGCAGACAUCCGAACUGAGCAUCGGAACAAUAUGAACAACAUGACAUAUCUUGAUGAUUUAGGAAUGGGAUGUAUGCUUCAAAAUCUCAUGGACAGUUUUAUAAGUCCAAUUUCCAAAGCUGUUCAAGUUGAUGACGCGGAACUUACCUUAAAUGUGUGCUUGGGUCAGCGAUUCUCUGGGGGAGAAUUGUGCUUCCAGGGUGUAUAUUGUGAGAAACAUGUGGACACUCCGACACGACCUGAGAAGAGUGAUAGCACCAAGUACUAUGAGAUCUUGGGAGUUCCUAACAGUGCUUCACAAGAUGAUCUCAAGAAAGCUUACCCUAAACCCGCCAUUAAAAAUAAUCCUGAUAAGGGUGGUGAUCCUGUAAAAGAGGCUUUUGAAUAUUCACACAUUGUGGGGCAGGCAAUUCUCUAUCAGGGUCGCAAUAGGCAUGUUUCUAGGGUGACUACAGCUGGGAAAAGAUUCAAUUUGGUGUUAGGCUGCAAAAGCACUGCUUUUAGGGGAAUGUGUAAGCUUAUGAGUGAUUUUAGUUGGUGUUCCAAAUGUAAGCAGGAGAAGGAAAGGAGAAUUAGGGAAACUGUGUCUACAUUCAUGGCGGGGGUUAGGCUGAAAUGA